GGGCGGCGGCGUCAGGGGGCGGAGCCGCCCGGAGCGCCCUUCGUGGAGCCGGUACUCUUCCUGAAACUGCAUCUCACAAGAUCCCCGCCAAGAGACAGAUUUUUGUACCACAGAGAAGUUUCUCCAUGAGGAUUGAUGCCUUAGGGGGAAAAAGUAAUAAGUACCUUCAAGAGCUCCUGCUUCUCAACUCUGCUCCCACAAGGCAAGAUUCUGAGAGGGGCUGUCCCUGGGAAGCGGACUCCAUUCUUGUGGCUCUCCCAUUGGCUCCUAAGACUUUCAUCAGAGAUGGGGCCCCUUUAACUGCUGGGCGCAUCCACUGUCGCUCAGGCACUGAAGCUGCUGGCACGAGUGUGUGUCCUGACCAGCGAAGCCGAGCUUUGGUGACAUGACAGCGCAAGAACUACAAGCACCUGUGGUCAUCCUGCUGGAGGACUGAAUGCAGAUACUCAAAAAGGAAGGUAUGCCUUCUCAGAACGCUGGGCUUUCCCAAGAGGUGACCAUGGAAGAGAAAGAAAUGCAUAAUGGAUUGCAGCUGGCCAGAUCCCAGGAAACACUGACCUUCCAGGACGUGGCUGUGGACUUCACCAGGGAGGAGUGGGACCAGCUGCACCCGGCUCAGAAGAACCUCUACCGAGACGUGAUGUUGGAAAACUACCAGAACCUGGUCGCGCUGGGACAUCAACUUUAUAAGCCCGAGGUGAUCGCCCAGCUGGAGCACGAGGAGCGGCAGACAACAGAAGACAGCCCACUGAACACGCUUUCAGAUGAUAAGAACAGACCUGAAAUCCAAAAGCCCGCUCUAAACCAGAAUAUUUCUGAUGAAAAUCCAACCCAUGACAUGAUAAUGGAGAGACUAACAGGAGGCAGUUUCUGGUUUUCCAUCUUAGGAGGAUUCUGUGAUUUUGAUUACCUGUUGGAGUUUAAUCAGCAAAACCAGCAGAGACAUUUGGGGCAAGUAUCUUUCGCCUGCAAAAAUAUCCCUCAGGAGAGAAGCCUUGAAUAUAAUAAACUUUCAGGAAGCUGUCGUCUGAACUCAGAUCUUAUUAUGCAUCAAAGAAUUCCUUCAAUUAAAAUACCCACCAAUUCUGACACACAAGGAAAUGGCAUCAGACAUAACACAGACUUGAUUUACUACCAGGGAAACCACAUAAGAGAGAACCCUUAUGAAUAUAAUGAGUGUGGAAAAAUCUUCAGUCAACACAUUCUUCUUACUAAUCGUCCUUAUACAGGAGAGAAGCCCAGUGAUCGUGGAAAGGCCCUCAGCCACACUUCCUCUCCUACCCAGCCUCAGGUAGUCCUCACAGGAGAGAAACCCUACAAGUGUGAUGAAUGUGGGAAAAGAUUCAGCCAGAGAAUACAUCUUACUCAACAUCAGAGAAUUCACACCGGGGAAAAGCCUUUCACGUGCAGUGAAUGUGGGAAAGCCUUCCGCCAGCAUUCAUCCUUUACCCAACACUCGAGAAUUCACACUGGAGAGAAGCCCUACAAAUGUGACCAGUGUGGUAAAGCCUUUAGCCGGAUCACAUCUCUCACCGAGCACCACAGACUCCAUACUGGAGAGAAGCCCUAUGAAUGUGCUUUUUGUAGGAAAGCCUUCAGCCAGAGGACACAUCUGAAUCAGCAUGAGAGGACUCACACAGGAGAGAAACCCUAUAAAUGUAACGAAUGUGGAAAAGCCUUUAGCCAGAGUGCACACCUUAAUCAACACAGGAAAAUCCAUACUCGGGAAAAAUGGGAAUAUAAAUGUGAGAAAACAUUAAACAGUCCUUCACUUAGCACAUAACACAUGGUGGAGAAAUCACACAAAUACGUAAUGUAGGAAAUUUUUUAUCAGAUCUCUUUAUCCCAUUUAGUAUCAAAUUAUUCAUGUCAAGAAAAUUUAAAAAUAAAAUUUUAAUACAUAUAUACCAA